AUGGUAGUAGCAGCAAUGGAAACAACAGGACUGUCUCCUGCUGCAGCAUAUCCUGCUGCAGCAGGAGGCUCAAUUUUUAAGUCUGCAGCAGCAGCAGCAGCUGGGCGAGGUCUUGAUGAUGACAGUGUACUGCGGCUAACAAGGAGCGCUGCUGCUGCUGCUGCGGCAGGCAGCACCGCCACCAAUGGUAGUAGCAGCAAUGGAAACAACAGGAUACCUGCUGCUGCUGCACUGUCUCCUGCUGCAGCAUAUCCUGCUGCAGCAGGAGGCUCAAUUUUUAAGUCUGCAGCAGCAUCUACAGCAGCAGCACAAGCAGCAGCAGCAGCAGCAGCAGCAGCAGCAGCUGGGCGAGGUCUUGAUGAUGACAGUGUACUGCGGCUAACAAGGAGUGCGGCAGGCAGCAACGGCACCAAUGGUAGUAGCAGCAAUGGAAACAACAGGAUACCUGCUGCUGCUGCUGCUGCACUGUCUCCUGCUGCAGCAUAUCCUGCUGCAGCAGGAGGCUCAAUUUUUAAGACAGCAGCAGCAGGCAGCAGCACUGCGAGGGUGCUGCUGCAGCAGGUGUUGCAGAAGCAACAGCAGCAGCAGGCAGCAGCACUGCGAGGGUGCUGCUGCAGCAGGUGUUGCAGAAUCUCCUUUGUGCAGCAGCAGCAGCAGCAGCAGCAGCGGGAGCAGCGGGAUUCGUGGGGUGAGUGGGAGCAGCAGCAGCAGCAACAGCAGCAGCAUGAAUUGCUGCAGCAAAGGCAGCAGCAGCAGCAGCAACAGCAGCAGCAGCAGCAGCAGCAGCAGCAAGGGGCUUUCUCCUCCUCUCUGGCUCUCUGUUAUGAACGGCAGCAGUGCUGCUGGGUGGGGGGCCCCCUGCAGCAGCAGGAGGGGCCCCACCCCCUCCCCCCAGCUGCAUCUGUCUUCCUUUGA